AUGGCGGUGUACCUGCGCAGCCUGCGGCCGGCCUUCGAGGCCAGUGCCAAGAUCUUUGGGCAGCGUAUCGGAAAUGGCGAGCAUUCGGGCUUCAAGUACCUUCAGGCGCUACGAAAGGGCGAGGCCAUGAUGAAGUGGUAUCAGGAGGACCUCGACCAGAUGAAGUUCCCCGGCUGGGUGUCCGAGCGAAGGGAGCGCAAGAUCAUUCGCACGGCCUCACGAGCGGAACGCGGCAAGGCUCCCCGGCCCAAGAAAGGUUUCGGUAAGAUCGCCCUCCGCAGAGAGAAGGAGGAGAAGAGGCUCGCUGCCAAGGCGGCCAAGGGCGGUGGCAAGAAGAAGGCCUAA